UGUCUGUUGAUCAGUUUUAAUCACUUUGCUUGUUGCUCUGUGUUUUCCACAUCAAGUUUGAGGAAGUUCUCAACAAGGUUGAAUAUGACUCUUCCAGGACCAAACCUACGCUCUGGUGCUAACAGCUGUGUACCAAACUCUGGGCAGCAGGGUCCAGGACUACACAACAAUCAAGACCCAGGAUUUUCAUCUGACCUCCCACACCAGGUUUUUGCCCAUCCUGUCUUCUACAUCCAGGCUCCACCUCCACCCACUUUCCUCCACUACCACUGGCCCAUGCCCUUUUCCUUUAACCCUGGCUUCCCAGGCAUGGGCUAUGGUGUGGUCAUGCCCCCAGCUCCUGCCCCCUUCAUAGAGGCUCCAGCCUACAUUCUGCCCCAUCCUCCCGUCCAAGCAGUUGACUACAGACGCUUGCUGCAGCCCCAGGUCCAUGCUCCCACUGCACCCUACCAGAACCCAAACCAGACCUUCAGAAUUCGACCACCUCAUACUGGACCUGUUAGAGAAACUGUGAACUCUGAGGUCCAAACAGAACCCACACACAGAGGUGUAGGUGGUUAUGGUGGGUUUGCCAGGUCAGAUUCUGGGCAUGGAACUGCCUCAAGCUCUCCAUCUUCAAGCUCCAGUUCCCAAAAACAAAGCUCUGCUGAAGUUGAGAACUAUACCUUACCAAAGAGUAACACAGAAAACUUCCAGGUUAACAGAACCAGUACAAGUAACUCAGUCAAACAUGGCUUUAGCAUCCUACAUCAUACUGAAAAGAAGACUGCACUGUCACAUGUCAGAGCAACCCAGGAAACACAGAAGAGCUGUAAGGACAAUGUUGGUCAGGAUGAUGAUGAUCUCACUCGCAGAAAUAGUCACUGUAAUAUAUGGUCGGUGAGCACUCCAGAUAGUAUUGUUCCUGUGUGUAGUUCUUCGCAACAAGAGAAUGCGGUUUUCAAAGAGAGGCGUGAAUCUAUUCCUGACAUUCUUAUGAGUUGGGGAGGUGGCACACAACAGGCAACAAUGAUGAAAUUGCCAGACAAGGUACAGCCUCAUAAUGACCACCAGCUGCUGUCUUCUGAAACUGAGUUAGGGAAUGAAAAGUCUGCUUAUGAGAUUCCAAGUGAGGCCCAGAAUGAUCCAGGGGUGGCUGAUAAUGCUGAUGCUAAUGAUGAUGCAGAGGGUAAAUUAAGCUGUAAGCACAGUGAAAUUCUUUGUAAGAUCCUCAAACUUCCUUUUGCUCCUUAUGAUCUCUCUGAUUCUAGAGCAAGUAAUGAGCUUGUGGAAUUGAUUGGCUCUGUAGGGCAUUGUCUAUCUUUCAGAGAUGAACUGUUGCAGUCACUUAAUAAAUCUCAUAAACUCUCUGAAAAGCAAGAAAAUGGCAGUGAGACCAAGCCACAUGAGGACACUGCAGAAACCAUUCCCUAUCAGCUUCCUUUAAAUAGCUGUAAAAUUAAUGAGUCUGUUUGGUCUGUGGAGUCUCUCGCCCCUUUUAUCCCCUCUAAGGAGUGGCUGCUGCAGAAUGGCAUGGUUGAGACUGAGGUAAUUGUUGAGAUGACAGAGGAAGCUGAAAAUUGUGGACACUCAACCCAAAAUGACCUAAUUGUCAAAGCUAGUAAGAAGAGGGAGACUCGCAGGUUUUCCUCUUCUGACUCUGUUCCAAUGUCAGACAGCUGGCUCACUUUCAGUACCCCAGCUGAGAAGCUAUGUCAACCAGAGAAGCCAGAACUGAAGAGUGAAAUGUAUGCCUCUGAAAUGACAGGACCAAAGCAAGGCCAGAGCAUGGCUCCUUCAGAGAAGGAUCCCUUAGUUUCCUCGACUCGCAUGCAGAGUAAGAUAAUUGUAUCUUCCCCCACUGUAGAGGAGGGGGUGGAUGAAAAUAGGUCUUCUGAACCAGAGGCUAAUCAAAGCCCAAACCAGGAAUCUCUUAUUGGAAAUGAAAAGCAGGAGAAAAGUCGCUGUCCUCCUGAGCAGGAAGCAACUCUCCUCUUGAGCUCUGCAGCAGGAGAGGAAAUCUCACCUGCAGGCCACCUGGCUGUCGAAAACAGAGUGGACACUGAGGUGAAGAAUUGGGCAUGUGGGAAGGAAGAAGUCAGUCAGCUGAUAAAUGAGAAGCUGUUUCCCCCAGUAGCUGACGAGAGGAUGGUUGAAGUGUCUCCAUCAAAGGGACAUUUAGUGGAUUGUGGCAUCCAGUGCACUGAAUUACAGGGGCUGAAGUGUUUUUGUGAAGAGUUGAAGGGCGGCAUGGGACCAAACAGAAGGCAUCCCUAUAAAUAUUCAGGUAUGAAGAAAGCAAACAAUGAUAAGACUGAAGGAUUCUGCAUGAAUGGACAGCAGAAGAGGCAUAAUCAGCGGUGGAACAGAGGUUCAGGACCACACAGCAGCCAGCAAGAAGCCUACUAUGGAUACUCUGGCAAACCUGGGAAAUCUAAAGGUGGAAAUGGAAGGAAUCCCCGGCACUGAGCACUGACCAGUCUACAAGACAAUACCUGAUUUAGUUUUUUUUGUUUUUUUUAAAGAAUUAAUUUAAUAUUAGAAUUUAAAAUUCUAUUUUUCCAAUAAAAGUUUUCUAUAUCAGUAUUUAAAAAAAAAAAUACAUGGCUUAAUCUCUUUAC